UCCACUCUUUGCACUUUGCCCGCGGACUAGCCCCACCUUCCCGUCCUCUCGGCCAAUCAGGUAGCGCCCUGUUGGCUGAGCCGGGUUGCAUGCAGCAGAGUCCAAGAUGGCGGCGGUGUGGGUGCUGAAAGGGAGCCUGUUGGUUCUCUUCUGCCUGGGCAGCUGCUUGCUUCACGCCACAGAUAUCACCGGCCAAGCGGAAAAGGGCUCUCCCUUGCCUCACCGGCGGUUCGAGUAUAAAUACAGUUUCAAGGGGCCGCAUUUGGUGCAGGCAGACGGGUCCGUGCCUUUCUGGGUGCACACGGGCAAUGCUAUACCCAGUGCAGAUCAAAUAAGGAUAACUCCAUCAUUGAAAAGCCAAAGGGGAUCGGUAUGGACAAAAAACAAAUCUAUAUUUGAACAUUGGGAGAUUGAAGUGACCUUUCGAGUGACUGGCAGGGGACGAAUAGGAGCUGAUGGACUGGCAGUCUGGUUUACUGAAGGGCAAGGUUUAGAAGGUCCUGUUUUUGGAGCCGCUGAUAACUGGAAUGGUGUUGGCAUCUUCUUUGACUCCUUCGACAACGAUGCAAAGAAAAACAAUCCGGCAAUAGUUAUUGUCGGCAACAACGGCAAACUGCAUUAUGACCAUCAGAACGAUGGUUCCAUGCAGGCACUGGCAUCUUGUCAGAGAGACUUUCGUAACAAGCCUUACCCUGUCCGAGCAAAGAUCAUAUAUUACCAGAAGAACUUGCAUGUAUUGAUAAACAAUGGGUUUACUCCAGACAAAGAAGACUAUGAAUUUUGUGCCAAAGUUGAAAACAUGGUGCUACCAUCUCAGGGAUAUUUUGGGAUCUCUGCAGCUACCGGUGGUCUUGCGGAUGACCAUGAUGUCUUGUCUUUCCUGACUUUCCAGUUGACGGAGCCUGGUAAAGUAGCGCCCACCCCUGACACAGAAAUUCCCGAGAAGGACAAAGAAAAAUAUCAAGAGGAGUUUGAGCAUUUCCAGCAAGAGCUUGAUAAAAAGAAGGAGGAGUUCCAGAAGGGGCACCCUGAUGUGGAAGGACAGAUAGCGGAGGAUUUCUUUGAGACAGUGAGCGACCGUGAACUGAGGCAAAUUUUUGAGGGCCAGAACCGGAUUCAUCUUGAAAUAAAACAGCUCAACAGGCAACUGGAUAUGAUUCUGGAUGAGCAGAGGAGAUAUGUCUCUACUUUGUCUGAUGAGAUUUCAAAGAGAGGAGCUGGUGUCCCAGGCCAGCAAGGGCAGGUGUCUCUUCAGGGAUUCGAUACGGUUGUGAAAACUCAAGAGGAGGUUCUGAGGCAAGUCGGUGAAGUAAGGAACUCCAUGGGAGAGACACUGAGGCUAGUCAGCGGCAUUCAGCACCCUGGCUCUGCUGGCGCGAUCUACGAAACAACCCAACACUUCAACGACAUCAAGGAGCAUCUCCAUGUUGUGAAGAGGGACAUUGAGCAUCUCGUCCAGAGAAACAUGCCAUCAAAUGAAAAGCCCAAGUGUCCAGAGCUGCCUCCAUUUCCAUCGUGUUUAUCGACAACACACUUCUUUAUAUUCGUAGCAGUCCAGACGGUGCUGUUUGUUGGCUACAUCAUGUACAGGAGUCAGCAAGAAGCAGCAGCAAAGAAGUUCUUUUGAUGGCCAGUCAGACGGGCAGAGCAGUUCACGAGUUUGCGAAUGAGGGAAACGUUUAGUGUUUAAAAAAUGCUUCAAUAUGGUAAAUUAUUGAGUUUUUUUGGCUGAAUGCACUGAAUUCCGGAUUUAAAAUAAUUGUGAAAUUGACUGACUGAAACAAGACUGUGGCAGGGUCUGCCCUUCUUUAGAUGCUGGAAGAUGUUCUUUAACUUGCUGUCAAGAAGUUUUCCGGGUUGGAGAACAAAGACAGAAAGGUCCUUGAUUUAUUUUAUCAUUUUGGUCUGUGAGAGAUCUUGUCACAGAAUAUUAUAUAUCAGAUUUUUUUUGGGGGGGGGGGAGGAGGGGAAGACUGCCAAACUGCAUUCCUCCCCUCCUGUUUUAUUUUAUGAAAAGAGGAUUGUAAAAAAAAAAAAAGCCUGACCUCAAAACGACUGACCAGCAAAGGCAUUUAAGGAGGACAUCUCUGGAACAAUAACAACAACAAAACAAUUAUGGACCAAUGUUUUGGGGAUUUUUUUUUUCUUUUGUGGAUGCAGCAGGAGAGAGAAACAAGUUCAGCAGAAGCGUUGUGCCCCUUUCUGAGCAUGUUUUGAUAUACUACUUUGUACACUGAGUAGACUUUUGUAAAAGCGUUCUUUAAUCUCUCUUCAGCGAAGAGAUCUUAAUGUGCAUGACUUUAACAUUCAUCCAGCUUGAUAGCAUACGAUCUAGCGGCGGUACUAAGUCACUGGGCAUUGUCGUAAACCAUACAGAGGGCGCCCCGAGCCCUUCAGAGUGGCAGACCUGUCCUCGACACGUGGCAUGUGUCUGGCCAGGAGCAUAACUUGCGUUACCUUGACGGCAUUCCUGCAGACAGUAUCAUCAUUUGCCCCCCCCCAGCUCCUACUGAGUGGUUUUAUGUAUAAUCCGUUCAUGUGUUGGGCGUGUACCUCCACUUGGAGUCAUACUAUUGUGUAAGUGUUUUGUUGCACGGGGAGGGAGGAUGAAAUGGAUUCCUUAGCUCAGAACAUGAAACUGAUCUGCUGUGGUUUGUCAUCUCCAACUUGCUUUUCCACUGGUGUCUUCAAGGCCCCAUUUUUAAACGCUCACCCAAUUGUAACUGACUUGAGGAUGCUACUUGCCUUUGAUCCCAGACAGCUGAAAAACUAACCGUUUGGAGGAUCUCAGAAGGCGACCGCAGUCGGACCCCAUUCAGUAUUAUGUACCUUGUGAAUGCUCUUCCCCCCCCCCCGACAAUUUGAAGAACAGAUCUAUGCAAUGCUUAUUCGUUUCUCCCAAUGGAAUUGUGCGCCUCUCCUUCCAGAUGGUAUCCGUCGCGUUACGUGCUGGAUUGUACGUGAUAAAACUUUCUCAGUGGUGUCGAGUCUGUAUUUACAGCUCUGCUAAAAGAAGUGGCUGCUUCAAACUGACCCCUUGUCUAAAAAAAAAAAAAAAGAAUGAAGUCACAAGUCAGAGCAAGUGAACCGCAACAUCCUGCAAAUCGACCAGAACAGCGCAAUAGUAUUGUGCUGCAGCUCACUUAAAAGUUCACACCAGCAAGUAUUCUUACAGGUGCCUUGGACUCUAAAGCAGAUACUAAAAAUUAGUGUUGUCAAAUAAAAAAGUUUUUUUUUCUUCUUUAAGGGAUUGUCUGCGUUCUGAGCUUUUCACCCUUGGCUAUCUACCACCGGUGCCAAAGAGAAGCCCACUUCUGUAAUAUAAGGAUAAUUUUCAAUGCAUUUUUUUUCCUGCUGAAAGGUUGCUUUGGGGUGUGGGGGGGGGGGUAUGUUUCCUGUGGGAUAUACUUGAGCAGGUGGGAGAAUGAAAAUCCAUUUAUAAACAUUAUAUUUGGUUUCUGCAUAAUGUGACUCUUCCCCAGCUGUGAUGCGUUCAAUUGGAGAAUUAAAAUAUUGAAGCAACUAGUGGUAUUGUAUCUUGUGUCUUCAGGAGGGGUAAAGUCAGGAUUUUGAAGGCAUUCUGCAGGCCGGAAAGAUGUGCUGGACAUGGGCGCUCUAGAAGCCAUGGCCUUUUUAAACGGGAGUGGUCAAAAUACGGAACAGACCUGUUCCAAGUAUUCCUUCUACGUCACCAGUGAACCUGAUUUGGCCAAACCCGUCUCAUCUGAAGUCUUCAGAGGGGCUGAAAUCCAGGGCAUGUUCCUGGGUAGAGUCAGGCAUACUUGUGUGGAUUCUGGCAUGUCUUUUCGUACUCCAAAAGGCUAUUUGCUAAUUGGUUCCUGUCCUGUCUCUUUCUCAGCUUGCAGGACGUGUUCACAAGUUACAAUCUAUUACAAGGCGGCUUGCAUCACUGUUGCAUUGAUCACCACUGCACAUGUUAAUACUAACGGGGAAAACUUAAAACAGACGAGUGCUGAAUGACUUAGCUGUAUGGUGUUUGCAAGCCCUUUCUGCCUCUUGUCAUUUUGUAGAAACACAAUUGAAAGAGAAUUUAGUUGUACCAUUGACUUGUAAUGCUUUUUUUUAAAAAAAAAACUGUCCUGUUGUCUCAGUUCCAAACAGUUCGCAAGAUCUUAAUCUUAUUUGAAUAAAUGCACAUAUUUUAGUA